AUGGCCUCAGCAGUCGUCGAGACAGCCACUUCACAAGUGAUGCCAACCUCCAUCGACCUCUCUGCUUUCCCAGAUGGACUGAAGACAUCUGGGCAGCAUCCACCCGUCUCUUCACGAAUUCGUCCCUACAGCGACUUUCCAAAGGUUCAUGGCGGACCUACGGUAUGGAAGGCUGAGGACUAUCGUGAAAAUCCAGACCGUUGGACCCAUCGGUUGACCGAUGAGGAAAUCAACGAGCUUGGAACUGUGGCAGAUGAAUAUAUUCAAAAGGACUUGCCCCUAACGGGCAUAUCAAAGCAGACAAACUUUCCUCUUCCCAAACUUUCCAGUCGGCUUGAAGUGCUGCGGAAUGAUCUGAUCAAUGGAAAGGGCUUUUUCUUAUUUAAGGGCAUUCCCGUUCGAGAGUGGGACCUUCGCAAGUGUGCAACCGCAUACAUGGGCCUCGGGACCUACUUAGGAUACUUCACCAGCCAAAAUGGGCGCGGACAUGUUCUGGGCCAUGUCAAAGAUCUCGGAGAGGACCCAACCAAAACAGACCGAGUCCGCAUCUACCGGACCAAUGCUCGCCAAUACUUUCACACCGAUGGAUCCGAUCUUGUUGGGCUUCUCUGCAUCGCCAAGUCUCUUUCCGGUGGUGAAUCAGAUAUUGCCUCUACACAUCACGUGUUCAAUGUGCUUCAGGAGAGACAUCCCGAUGUUGUUCAAACCCUCGUUGAACCGAACUGGUAUUUCGAUCGCAAGGGUGAGGUCUCGGAAGGGCAAGAGCCAUGGAUUCGUGGCAGCAUCUUUUAUCUUGAAAACGAGCGCGCGGGAGACAACCCUCGAGUUUACGCCAGGUUUGAUCCGAUGAAUGUCACUUCUCUGUCUCGAUUCAACUCGGGACCCAAUGCCCAAAUCCCACCGCUGUCAGAAAAGCAGAAAUAUGCCAUGGAAAUCUUCGAGAAGACAUGUGGUGAGCUGGCUCUGCACAUGAUUCUGGCCCCCGGCGAUAUCCAGUUUUUGAGCAACUCACACGUCUUUCACGCACGAACUGCUUACACCGACCACCCUCCCGGUGCUGUAGAUGACGACGGCCAGCCCGCUCGGAGACGGCAUCUGAUGCGACUUUGGCUCUCUGCUCCUGAGUCUGAGGGUGGCUGGAAACUUCCAUAUCACGACACGCUGGAGAAAAAGCGCGGCGGUAUCCAAGUCAACAAUCAGCCCCCAGUCUGCCCCUUGGAUGCCGAGUAA